GAGCAGCUAUGUCUUUGGACCCAUGCAGUGGAGGCAGAAGUCCAGAGAUCAGGGUGCAGAGUGCCUUUGAGGUUUUGGGACUGAAACGGCCUAGCGAGUCCCGUGAUCCUCCCGAUCAAGCUGAAAGGUUCAUUGCUGCGCUGUCAGGUGAGAAAAGAAGUAUCCCGUCAUGGUCGGGACAGCCCGGAAGUUUGAGGACGUGGCUCAAACUCCUGGCGCAUUGGGAGAGUGAAACAACGACUCCCAAGCACAAGUGGGGCAUUCGACUUUAUCAGUCGUUCGCCGAGACGUCAGAGCCUCGCAAGAUAGCGGACCAGGUCGACUUGAGCAAUGUCCUCAGCGAGCGCGGAUAUGGGCUGAUACUCACGGCCAUCGUCCAGAAGUACAAACCGUUUCUAGAUGUCGCAGCUCCGGCUGCCAUAGACCACUUUCUGUUUGCAGGAGAACGUCAACGAGGCCAGGCGUUUGCUACCUUUAUUGCACAGAAAGAGGUGGCACGACAGGAAAUGGAGCAGUACUUGCAAACCAAGCUGAACGAACAUGUGGCUGGGCGCGUGCUGCUGAGACAAGCUGGGUUGACUGAAUUUCAGCGGGAACUUUUGGCAUUAAAGGACUUGAGCCCUCUUCUGACUUUUGAUCAAGUAUCAAGUCUUCUGCGGCCUUUGGACAGGCCGGACAUGAUAGCUCAGGCCGCUAAUGCCGCUCUGGGAAAUCAGGCAGCCAAACACUAUCCAGUCAUUCGGGAAGAAGAUCCAGUGGACGACGAAGAAGAGGACGAGGAGGCGCAAGGUGAUGAUGGUGGUGAAGAUUUGCAGUUCGAGGAUGUUCAUGGUGAGUUUGAUGACGAGGGCUUGUGGUUUGAAGACCGCGAGUACGAUGAAGAUGAAGCCGUGUACAUUCAAGCGUACCACUCGGCCUAUCAAGAUGUGCGAAAGGAUUUGCAAGCGCGGAGAAAGGAGCGAGGCAAAGGCGGUCGCGGACACCACAUGUCGCGAUCCAAAGGGGAUCGAGGUGGUGCUGAAGACCUUCGAGCACGAACCC